AUGGAUGUGCUUCAGAGUCACCUGUGUCAUUCUCAUCAUCAAAGCAGCAAUGUGACCAUCAUCAUCAUCUUCAUCAUCGUGUGGGCUAAUGCCUUAGGCGAAAAGAUUCGGAAAGUCUUGCUGGAGAAAGGCAGUUUUGACAAGGUGGAGCUUGUUGUAAAGCAGUGGCAUGAGCAGAAGACCCGGGAUGAGACAAGUGGUGGCUAUGUUACAAAGAAAUGGCUGAUGGACAACAAGUCAUUCACGCAGACUAUGGCCGACAAUGCCUUCAAGUGGGCCGCCCCUCGGGGCAGAUGCCGCAAGAAUGUUAUCACGGGAGAGGAGGAAGCCGACAUCCCGCUUGAUGAGAGGUGGCACGUGACGAGUGAGAGAGGCCAGCGGCUGGAGUUCGAGAAUGGAGCCGAGCUCGACGUGGCUUGCUGUUGA